UUUGGCUUGCACGACGUGCAUGUUUCCUCCGGCGCCGCAGUCUCAUGUGGUGCUCGCGAUGACCAAAGAUGAUGUCUACGUUCACCAGUUCCAUCGCGCUCUGAACGAUGUCGUGGAGAAGUUGAAGUUGUGGGGUCGCUCCGAUGCUUCCGUUGGUGGGUUGCAUGUGGACCCCGAACUCACACUCGUGUCCAAACUAGUGUAUUACCUGCUCACCGUCUAUGGGAGAAGAGUACUGUGAAAUCUACCCCGUGCAGCAUGACCCAGAGUCGCCCAAUGUCGUUGGCAUCGUGUCCAAGUUGGCGUGGGUCGUCCUUGAAACCGUUGUGCCGUAUGUGAAACAACGAGCGGCGUUGGGAUGGACACAGCUGCGACCAGGGGAGCAAGAGCAGCGUCUUCAAGAGGCACGGACACGGGCAAGGGAACAAAUGCUCCUGCGUCGUCAAGGCCACACCCUCAUCUUCUCCGAAGCCUCCAACGACAGCAGGUUCGCGUCGUCCGUAACCCUCCCAAUAUCGACCAUACUCCUUGUAGUCGAAGGCAGCAACUGGAAGGAUACGACACGUUCGGUGCAUGCUUGAGCGCGUUCGAUGCGUGGUCGAAGCUCACCAAGGACACGAUCAAGCGGUGGGAGGACCGGCUAGGUGUCGACGUCCCCGCGGCGGUGUCGGGCCUUCUACAGCUCCACGUGGCGUUGUUCUUUCUGCGCGGCACCUACCUCCAUCUGUCGAAACGCAUGGCCGGAAUUCGGUACAUCUUGAGCUACCGCCCCUCCCCGAACACCUCGUUUGCACAAUUCUCGAUCCUGGGCUACAUGAUCUUGAUUCGAGCGGCCCUCACUGCUUCCUUCACCUUGCCUACCAUCGUCCGAGCCGUCAUGGGCACGAGACUCGCGCCCCCAUCAGCCGCCUCCACCCACCGCGUCCCUUGCCUCGCAGUCCCCAUAACCCCGAACCCCCCACCGCGACAACUCCCUUCCUCAUCGCCCCAACGCAUUAAGAAAUGCGCGCUGUGCCUCGCCGAGCGCAGCCAUCCUUCGGCGACGCCCUGCGGCCACUUGUUUUGCUGGGACUGCAUCGUCGGGUGGUGCCAGAGCAAGCCGGAAUGCCCGCUCUGUCGGCAACUCGUACUGCCUCAGGACAUCAAGUGUUUGUACAACUACCCGUAA